GAUCGUGGGGGCAGAGGCAGAGGCAGAGGAAGAGCUGGGACAGCAGGAGGAAGACCCAGGGGAAGGAGACCUCAGCCGUGGGGUCUUGAACUUACGCAGGAGGACUUUGAGAGAAUUCGAGACAUGCGAGCGGACAGGAUUGCAAAUGAGGAUGCCCGAAUUCAAUCCCUGGAUUUACAACAAGCUCGAGAAAUAUUGCGAGGCGCCCUGACCCGUGACCCCAGCCUGAUGUUCGACUUAGCACACCGGACAUCUGGCCCUCCAGGUCCGCAGCCACAGCCCCCUGCAGCCCAACCUACCUGGUGCGUCUGCACCAAUUGCAAGGAGAUGCCAACCGACAUUGAGAGAAAGUGUUGUGGAGAACCGGCCGACUCCUGCAUCGCCAUGAUGCAACACAUGGACGAGUUCAUAUUGUUAGAGGGGAUUCUCUAUUUUGCAGGGAGAAUUUGGGCAGAAGUGCGGGCAGAGGCUGAUGUUGUUGGACCUGGAGAAAGCAACAGAAGAUUCAGGCAUGCAGCCUACCGACAGUUUGUGGUGUGGCAGUAUGGGGCACUGGGUCACGGCCGGCGUGUCGUUAUACCCAGUUGCUGCGUAUGGAGGAUCCGUGACCGUUAUCCUGAUCCACUGGGCCAGUAUAGAGGGUUUGUAGCAAGUAGGGUGUGAACACAAACUGGCGAUGUACAUAACUUUAUAAUUAUUUUUAUUCCUACUGUCUUUGUGUACAUAGUUGUAUUGUAUAAUUAUUGUUAUUUGUAGUUGUAUACAUCUGCAUGGAUACUGUUCUCUUGGUUUUGAACCAUUCUACCUUUGACAUUUGCGUGUGCAUUUGAAAAUAAAAGCAUAAUUUCAAAAAUC